GGGGAAAGUUUCAAUAACAGCCCGGACCAAUAGCAAGUAGCGAAGCAAGGAAAAGGGGCCGAGCAACGGGAGGAAAAAAAGUGGGGAAAAGGAGAAAGAACCCGCCAGCCAGGGAGCUCAAGCUGAGGGGGGAUGUGUAAAAGGAGAAGAAGCGUUGCUAAUUUUUUUUGUUUGUUUGCUUUUCCAUGCAUGCAUAAUGAGGCCUGAUCAGAGCACGCCGCUGCUGCUGCUUGGAGAGCACUUUUGUAUUUAAAGCCUCGCGAAAGAAAACUGCUCCCCAGAAGGAUCGGCAAGGGAGAAGGGGCUUGCCGGCGACAGAAGCUGCAUCGGAGGGAAAAAGGGAGAGCGAGCGAGCCUGGCUGCGCUUGUUUUAUGCUGACUUCUGCUUGCCAAGCCGAGAAGGAGGCUCGCUGCGCGCACUCGGCGCCCAGCUGAGGCUGCAGCUCCAGUUCCCGGAGGAGGAUCUCGAAGACCAAUCUGGCAUGUGCAGAGAUGCUGCCCGCCGAGCGCUAAAGACGAAGAAAGAAGGUCGGCACGGGAAGGAACAAGGCAGCGGCGGCAGCAGCAGCAUGAGCUCAGCAGGGAGCCUGUCGCCCCCCAGCCCCCAUUGACCGUCUCACGGCCUCUCCAGCCCGGGAGCAGAGGGCGGAGGCUUUUGUGCUGCGAGAGAAAAAGCCGCCGCUUUUCCGCUAAGGAAGAGAACCCAGGCCAAAAAGGGGCGCCGCGCGGAUGGAUUGAUGAGGGGGACCCUCAUGCACACACUUGGCAGGACUUUAGCUAACUUUUCCACCGGCGGCAGCCGCUGCGUCUCCAACACCAUCACUGCCUCCUCCUCCUUGUCGUUUGCCUCCCGCUCCCGAUUAUCCCGCAGCCGCCCGCGAUGGUGGCAGGCUGGCGUGGAGAAGGAGGAGGGUGGCGGUGCUGGCGGGCCGCGCUUCUCCCGCUGCCGGGCGCCUUGGCGCUCCGGCUGCUGCUGCUGCUGCUGCUCGGCGCCGCUUCCCCUCCGCCGGGGGCUCAAGGCCGGCGCCUGAUCUGUUGGCAGGCGAUGCUGCAGUGCCAAGAGGAGCCCGACUGCGGCUACGCUUACAGCCAGUACGUCGAGGCGUGCGCGCCGGUGCUCAUGGCCGCGGGGGACGGCUUCGCUGGUGCUGCUGCAGCCGCUGCGUCUUCGUCCUCCUCCAAUAGGCGGCGGUGCCCAAGCCAUUGCAUCUCCGCGCUCAUCCAGCUGAACCACACCAGGCGGGGCCCUGCGCUGGAGGACUGCGACUGCGACCAGGAUGAGAACUGCCGGGCCACCAAGCGCGCCAUCGAGCCGUGCUUGCCUCGGACCAGCGGCGGCGCAGGGGGCGGGGGCGGCGGUGGAGGAGGCGAAGCGGGCGGCGUGAUCGGCUGCACGGAGGCGCGGCGGCGCUGCGACUGGGACAGCCGGUGCAGCCUGGCGCUGAAUCGUUACAUGGCCUACUGCGGGAAGCUCUUCAACGGCCUACGCUGCACCGAGGAGUGCCGCACCGUCAUCGAGGACAUGCUGGCCGUACCCAAGGCGCUGCUGCUCAACGACUGCGUGUGCGACGGCCUCGAGCGGCCCAUCUGCGAGUCGAUCAAGGAGAACAUGGCCCGCCUCUGUUUCGGAGCCGACUCUGUUGGCCCCGGCAGCAGCGGCGCUUUGGACAGCACCAGCGACGACUACUACGACGAGGACUACGAAGACGAGCCCGGACAACGGAGCAAAGACGAGCUCGACGACGUGGCCGGUGCUGGAGCCGAAGCGCUUUUCCCCAGGAAGCCGGGCGGCGGCUGCCCGGCUCGCGCUGCUCCUUGGACGCUCCUUUCGGCCUCCUCCAUUUUGCUGCUGCUCUCGUAGCCAUUUCCAUCCGGUCGCUCUUAAGGGGCGCUCGACAAGGCCUGGCCUGGGCCAGGGUUGUGGAGAGAGAGGGAGGGAGGGAGCGAGCCUGGGCUGGCCACAUGGGCCUGGCUUGCACAAAAAAAGCUUUCCUCCGUUUAUUGGCUUGGGGGUGUCACUGAGAAAGGAGAUACCCUCACAGAGGAGCGUUCAUUAACUGUGCUGGACAGUCGACGGACUCUUAACUGGCCCCUAAAGAUAUUAUGCAAAAUAAUGAAAUACACCUCUCUUCUUACGCCCCCCCCAAACUGAACCUUACUUUAAAGCUGCGUGCCUUACUCGGGAGAGAAUUUGCCACAUCUUUAAAGCAAACCCCAAAGCAGACCCAUUUGCCUUUUGAUUUUGAUUGGGCUACCUUUGUUUCAUCAUUGGACACUCCAGCCUCGCCUGACUAUUUCAGUUGGACAGUUUGCUGGGCUGGGGAUAGAUAGCCUGAUAGGAACGUUUCUUUGCUCUGUGGAUAGCCCUCUUUCUGUUCUUAAUUUUUUACUCUGGGCAUUCCCCCCACCCUUUUAAAAUCAUGUUAAAAGGGAUAGUAGCACUAUCAGAAUCCUUUUUUUAUAAACCUUUAGCCACUGUUCUAAAUGAAUUCAUGAACUGUGGAAUUUGUUAUUAGGCACUUCAGUUGCAAGAGUUACAUUGAUGUCCAAACAAGUUGCUUCAGACUGCAGCCCUAGGGAUGUUUUCUCAUGACAUUUGCUUUACAUGACUGCAUGAGACAACCUGAAUGUGUCUGUCAUAUAUAAAGAUCACGCAGUGCUUAUUUUGCUGUGUAUAUGAUACACCACCAAUUGCCACUUCACACUGUGUACAUGCAGGAAAGCAUUUGUACAUGGUAAUGUGUGCAUGGGUCAUUUUCCCCCCUUGUCUCUCCCUACAGCCAUAUAGGGAAAUGUAUAUGAAAGCAUCCCUCAGUGUGCACUAUGCAAGUUGUUGCCACUUGGCUCCUUAGCAGCAAGCAAACAAGUUUACAGUAAUGUUGUAGACUGAUAUGUCAUGCCACCAAACCAAAUCGCAAAUAGAAAAUGGUUGCUUUUUUCCAAGCAGUAGACAUGAAGGGUUCGGCUUCCCCAGAGUGCCUUCAGAAUUGCUGCCUUACAGAGCUAGUCUACAACUUCAAAUGGAGUCCUUUCUCCCCCAUCCACCCUUCAACAUUCACGGCAUUCAUAGCAGUGCCUGAAAGAAGAUACAAUGUUGAUUCCUUUUAAUUGGGUAUGUGUGAGCAGAAGAGGCUUGAGUAUGUUUGAAGGUUUCCCAACACCUUUUCUCGUGGUUGUUUUGAACACCAGUAUUUCCUACUGGUAGGAAUUUUAUUCUGAGAUUAAAGUGUAAAAACUCUAUGUAGUUAGUCAUGUGUUGCACAUGCUUCUCUUUCAUGGUGGAUAUAUACUAGGAAGCAUCCCAGCUUGUGCACAAACAGCAAACUAGCUGUGUAUUAUCUACACACGUGUGAUUACACAGUUUUCAUGCCUUUUCCUACAAGGAUUCCCUCCCUCACAAUGUUGGAAGUGCAUCACUCAGAAUUGCAAUACAAAAGCUCACCAGCAAAUCUUUCUUUUGCCUCAACCUAGGAGAAUAUAAUGCUGAUCUGUUGGCUAUAUUGAACAAUACAACCUUUGUCUUAAAAGAGCUCUGCACUGCCAUCUUCAAAAGACACUUUUUAAAUUCAAGAACUUGUAUGUAAAAAAUACCCUGAAAAGUUAUAUUGCCUCUGUUCCUAUCAGGGGGCUGACCUCUGGUAAAUCUUAUAUAAAAUGUAUUUAAAACUGGGAUUUGUUACCAGUCAUUCUCACUUGUAUAUAGAAAUUUAUAAAUUGUAUACUUUGGGAAUAAUUUAUUUUUUAAGAAAUUAAAGAUUUAAAUGCACCCCACUUGCAAGAUAAAUGCAUCUGCUAUUCUUCUGUUGCAAAGAUACAGAUCUUAUUUGAUAUGUAAAGGGAUACAAGUUACAGUAAUUUCCAUGGAAAAAAUGCUAGCUCAAAUGUACAGUGUAUUUUAUUGAUUUGAAGUUAUCUUCUGUAUUGUUUUGAGACUUUAUGAACUUUGUAGAAUUGUACAAAUGCCUCUCUGAACUCCCUUGAACAUUGUAUUUUUAUAGAAUGUGUGAAUAGGUCCUAUGUUUUAAGUAUCUAUUGCUUGUGUAUUUUUAUGUGUAAAUUAGUAAAGAGAGAUUUUUAAAGAAUAGAA